CGCGAAAUCGAUAAUCAAGAAUCUCCUGGUGUCAGGCGUGACACGUCAGCACGUGGAUAGCCGUCGAUCGACUUGCCACGUGGCAUAUUGGUGGCGCUUGUGCCGCCAUGGCUGGGCUGUGGUCCUUGGGGGAAGCGCAGCUUGCGCGCCGAGCCUUGCUGUCGCGAUGGACUGCGGAGGCGAUCGGCGUCGCGCGUCAUGUGCGGCGGGGGCUCGGCGCGCAAGGCAAAGCGGCGGCAUCAGCAGAUGCCGCCGUCUCGCGACGCGGGCAGAGCGGCGUGCGCCACGUGGCACCUGUUGGGAGGCUACUGCAUCAAGAUCGACGACAGUAUCAACGCCGAGGCAGACGGCCGAUGAUCGGGGAGGGCCCCUGUGCUCAGCAUCACACCGAACAGCGAGAUGACACGUGUUCUCAUCUUGUCACGAUGCCACGUGUCCCCUGCUCUCAUCAUACCGGGCAACUGCGGCGAGAUGCGAACACGUGGCAGCGUGCGGGAGCGGCAAUCCCUCUGAGUCAAACAAGGAGAUUGCACUCGCCUCCGCCUCGCGGUAACUGCCGGCCAUCGCUGCUUCGGCAAAUAUCAGCUACCGUAGCAGAGAAGGAAGCCACUGCACAAGCAGAACUGCCAAAGAACUUCGACUUCAGCAACGAGGAGCGGUUGUACAAAUGGUGGGAGUCAAAUGGGUACUUCAAACCUGCUGAGGACAGUAAGGAACGCCCUUUCACAAUGGCUAUGCCUCCACCUAAUGUCACAGGAGCUCUUCAUAUGGGCCAUGCGAUGUUCGUAACUCUCCAGGAUAUCCUUGCGCGAUUCCAUCGGAUGAACGGCAGCCCAACGCUUUGGCUACCUGGUACUGACCAUGCAGGGAUUGCAACACAGCUGGUGGUUGAGAAGAUGCUUGCAACUCAAGGCAUCAAACGCACAGAUCUUCAGCGAGAAGACUUUGAGAAGAAAGUCUGGGAAUGGAAAGAGAAGUACGGAGGAACGAUAACAAACCAGAUGCGACGACUUGGUGCAUCAUGCGACUGGAGCAGAGAGCGAUUCACUCUUGAUGAAAACUUGAGCCAACUGGACACGAAUGGGGGGCACCAUCUUAUCACAGAUGCGUAUCUCCUUGGCAAGAGCAGGUCGUGGGUGUAAUUCAGCGACCUCUGGUAGCCGAAGGACGCCUCGUAGUUGUGUGGUGCGAGCAACCUGAUGCAUGUGCAUAACCUUAAUAAAGUUUAAAAAUUGAG